AUGGCCGGCACAACCCCGAAUCUCUACAGCUUUCCCAACACCGACGCUUUGGCCCCGCACUUGAGGGCCUAUGUGCUCCGGUGUCAGAACUCCGCCAUCAAUCGCCACAACACUUUCCGUGUCGCUGUAUCGGGCGGUUCUCUACCAGCAGUUCUCGCCAAGGCUCUCCUUGCGCCUUCAAACGGUUCUCCCGAGGACACUGUCCGGUUCGAUAAAUGGGACGUUUUCUUCGCCGACGAACGCGCUGUCCCUCUUGACCACCCUGACAGCAACUACCGCCUGCUCAAGGAUGAGCUCCUAAGCAAGAUUCCCGCUGAAAUGGGCACUCCUAAAGUUCAUCCCAUCGACGCCGACCAUGUCAACGAUGACGACACGCAGGAGCUUGCGGACCUGUACCAGGACGACUUGAUGCGCUCGUUCGCUGCCAAGGACAGCGUCAAGCUGCCUGUCUUUGAUCUCAUUCUUUUGGGUUGUGGUCCCGACGGUCACACCUGCAGUCUCUUCCCCGGCCAUGAACUGUUGCGAGAGAAGGAUGCCUGGGUGGCCGCGGAGACCAACUCGCCCAAGCCGCCACCAAAGCGCAUAACCCUCACGUUGCCGGUUGUCACGCACGCCGUCAGCAUCGCUUUCGUGGCCACUGGAGCGGGAAAGAAAGAGAUCCUGAAGCAGAUUUUCGAUGCGGAAGAGGGACGGGAUCUACCCUCGGCGCUCGUCAACCAGGGUGGUGGGGAAAAAGUGAGCUGGUUCACCGACCAUGCUGCCAUUGAUGGGGUUGCAUUCCCCAGACGUGGAAGCUUGUAA